AUUGAGUGACGUAUCGCUGUACCGUGGUCCCCUAGGUUUAAAAAAAACAAAACACCACCCAAAAACAAACAAACAAACAAACCCCCAAAAUUCCCCAAAACCAAGAAACCAAAAACUUCUUCUAAAAUUGCCAGGUCCAGUUUGGUAUAGCAACAAGGUGAAUACAGUGGCUUGGGAAAACAGCAGGGUUCCAAGAAUAACCUUUUCACCAGUCCCAUGGCAAGUAAAUAUUUGAACAGUCUGCUCAGUGCAAGAAGAGUGAGACUUGCUUUUAAUGCAGAAGACUGGUGGCGGUUAAUCUUUUAACAGGGCAGAUGGAAAUCAAUUGCUGAGUGAACGAAUUUACGGAAAUUCUUGGAUCCCUGAAUAGAAUGUUCUUAGCAAGUAAAAGACAGUAUCACAGUCUGCGGUGUCAUUCUAAAAUAAGCUCUUGUGUUCUUCUGUCCUAGUUGUUUAAUAAGGAAAUGUCAAUUAUUAUGCAAAAUUUUUAUCGAUUAGUGUAGUGAUGUGUUUUACCUAAACCAGCAGCAAAUGAAUACUGUCUUUUUUUUUUUUUUUUUUCACCAAAUGGUGGUGAAGUGUUAACAUUAUGCAUGCUUUAGUACUGGUUUUUCAAGAAAUGUAUAUUAAGUCGCUUAGGAAUUGUACUUUCGAUGUAACUGAUGUGAUUAAACUGUAAAGCAAGUAUAUAAAUUAUAUAGCAGCUAUUGUUAGUCUAUUCUGCAGUGUUUAUUACAACCAUGUCAUGAAUUUUGGAUGAGCAUUUGUAAGUUUUAAGAGGUAUAUUUAGUUUAUGUAAUAUUUAGCAGUUACGUUAAAAUCUUGAAGAGAAAUUUGUAAAUUGUUAUGUUAAAAUUCUUGUGUCCUGGUUUAACAUGGAUAUUUUCCAUGUAAACAGGUAUGGAAAUAGGGAAUGUUUAGGCUGGACUGGUGGAUUAUUGCUGACUUUCUUGGGAGUCGACGUUACUAAAGCAGUGUGAAUCCCUGUUUGCUUCAGGGCGAGAUGUGUGACAGAGGUGACAUCAAGCUCUUACAACCCUUCAACGAAAAUGAGCGAAGAUCUCGGGAAUGGCAUCGGUCACAGGAAAUCCAUAGUGGCUGGCUGCUAGCGUAGCCACUGGGGCUUAGGCAGAGAUAGAGCCUUGGUACUGAUCAGAGGGGCACACAAACACAAACCUGAAACUUCCUCUUACAUUUGAUAGAAAUAACAUUUAACCACUUGAGUGCUGAAUUCUACAGGAUAACUUGCUCUCUAAACCAUGAUGAGAACAAAUUGAGCAGUGCCAAUGGCCACGAAGAACGCAGCAAGAAGUAAAAAAAAGAGCAAGAGCCGAAGUCGAAGCCAUGACAGGAAGAGGAGCAGAAGUAAGGAACGCAAGCGGAGCCGAGAUCGGGAAAGGAAAAAGAGCAGAAGCCGGGAAAGGAAACGGAGCAGAAGCAAAGAACGCAGGCGCAGCCGUUCUAGAAGUAGAGAUCGCAGAUUCAGAGGCCGCUAUAGAAGUCCCUAUUCUGGUCCAAAAUUCAACAGUGCCAUCAGAGGGAAGAUUGGUCUGCCUCACAGCAUCAAACUAAGCAGGCGACGCUCCAGAAGCAAAAGUCCCUUCAGAAAAGACAAGAGCCCUGUUAGAGAACCUAUUGAUAAUCUUACCCCUGAAGAGAGGGAUGCUCGAACAGUAUUCUGCAUGCAGCUAGCUGCAAGAAUUCGACCAAGAGACCUGGAAGAAUUUUUCUCUACAGUAGGGAAGGUUCGUGAUGUGCGAAUGAUUUCUGAUAGAAAUUCCAGGCGUUCAAAGGGAAUUGCUUAUGUAGAAUUUGUUGAUGUUAGUUCAGUGCCUCUGGCAAUAGGACUAACUGGACAGAGAGUCUUGGGUGUACCAAUCAUCGUACAAGCAUCACAGGCAGAGAAGAACAGAGCAGCAGCAAUGGCAAAUAACUUGCAGAAGGGCAGUGCUGGUCCGAUGAGGCUCUAUGUGGGAUCAUUACACUUCAACAUAACUGAAGAUAUGCUUCGAGGAAUUUUUGAGCCGUUUGGCAGGAUUGAAAGCAUUCAGCUGAUGAUGGAUAGUGAAACUGGACGCUCAAAAGGAUAUGGAUUUAUUACGUUCUCAGACUCUGAGUGUGCCAAAAAGGCCUUGGAACAACUCAAUGGAUUUGAACUGGCUGGUAGGCCGAUGAAAGUUGGACAUGUAACUGAGCGUACUGAUGCUUCCAGUGCUAGUUCAUUUUUGGACAGUGAUGAGUUGGAACGGACUGGAAUUGACUUGGGAACAACUGGUCGCCUUCAGUUGAUGGCAAGACUUGCAGAAGGUACUGGUUUGCAGAUUCCCCCGGCUGCACAGCAGGCUCUGCAGAUGAGCGGGUCUUUGGCAUUUGGAGCUGUGGCAGAUUUGCAAACGAGACUGUCUCAGCAGAAUGAAGUUCUGGCUGCAGCUGCUUCCGUACAACCACUUGCAACACAGUGCUUCCAACUCUCCAACAUGUUUAAUCCUCAAACUGAAGAAGAAGCUGGCUGGGAUACAGAAAUUAAAGAUGAUGUGAUUGAGGAAUGUAACAAACAUGGAGGAGUUAUCCACAUCUAUGUAGACAAAAACUCAGCUCAGGGCAACGUGUACGUCAAGUGUCCCUCGAUUGCUGCUGCCAUUGCAGCUGUAAAUGCGUUGCAUGGGAGGUGGUUUGCAGGUAAAAUGAUUACAGCAGCGUAUGUACCUCUUCCAACAUACCAUAGCCUUUUCCCAGAUUCUAUGACUGCGACCCAACUACUGGUUCCCGUUCGACGAUGAAGAUGGAUUUAGUCAGUUUUGUACAUAGUUAUUUUUUUGGAGGAAGAUUGAGUUAUCUUUUAUUUAGAUAAAACUAAAGAAAAGGAUUUAAUGUCAUUUUGUGUACACUUCCUGCUACCUUUAAAAAUAAAAUGAAGUAAGCAGAAAUGCAGUGUGUUCAUUCUCCCUAACUAGCAUUUCCACUGUAUACAAAGCUGUUGACUUCUUGUUCUGCCUUGUAAUUCUUGUACAUUUACUAAGGUGAUCUGUAGGAACUGAGAAGUAGCUCAUAGAAAACAAGUUCUCUGUAAAAGGCAGAUGGGACAUAAUGACAUUUUUAAUGUUUCACAAGCCUUUCUUUUAAUGCAGCAAUUACAUUUUACAUUUCACUAAAUGUAGGUGAUCUGCUAAAGGUUGAUACCAGAGAUAGACUGUAUGAAGGGACGUAUUUAGUGUUUUGUAUAAAUGGGAAAUUCAAAAGGCUACUGAAAGCUGACUCCAGGCAGCCACUCAGCUUGCUUUGUGCUGAAUAAUUGGUAAGAAUAGAAGGAUUGAAGGGUUUUAUUUCUUGAUGGUAACUUUUGAUUAAUGUAUCUGUAAAAGUUUCUUUGUAAAUACUGUGUGAGGUGUGUCUAAGUUUCCAAACAAAACGAUCUCUGCAUUUCCAGAUAAGUUUCUAUGUAUGCAGCAUGGUACAGUGAAGGAUUUCAGCCGAGUCUGAAAAUCGGUAGGAAAUACAGAAACAUGUUUUGUUCUGGUUGCAUAUAAUCUUUGCUCUUUUUAAGCUCUGUGAGCUCUGAAAUAUAUUUUUGGGUUACUUCAGUGUGUUUGACAAGACAGCUUGAUAUUUCUAUCAAACAAAGACUUUCAUAUUGCAACAAUCUUUGUAAGAACCACUCAAAUAAAAUUCUCUUAAAAAGGC